AUCAAUCAAUCAUUCAAGCGGAAAGGUUCAGGAAAACGGAGAAAGAACUCGGUUACGGCCCGUGAGCGACUUAUGAGAGUUAUGAGAGAGAAAGACCACUCACCAAGAAAGAUGCUUCCUAGCCCGAAACAGGGCUGCGUAUACCCUGCCUUAGGAUUAAUACCCACAUCGUAUAUAUCACACGUACCUUAUGAUCUGGCCUCCUCGGCGGCGGCAACAUCCUCAACGUCCUCGUCGUCCUCCUCGCCAACGACAACAACAACGACCGCUGGCAGGCUGCAACAUCAACAGUCGCUUCAGCAUUCCCACCAGCAACAUCAGACGUUGAAUCACCAUGCCAAGGGCAAGAGAAGAGGCAGCUUCGAUCAGCCGCUGGAUCUGCGGCUGGCCCACAAGAGGAAGACGGAUCUGGCGGACCAGGGACCUCUGGAGGAUGAGAACAGCAACCUGAUAAUGUUCGCCAGCGAACUGGCGGUGGCUCAGCAGAAGGAGAAGGAGCUGAACAACAAUCAUAUAGCUGCCUCGUUGGCCGAUCUGGGUUUCGAUAUGAGCCGGAAAAUGCUGAGGGCCUUGAGGGAGGGUGGAGGAGGGGGAGGACCACCCACUGCGCCGCCCCUAACACCACCGCAAUGUUCGAUUCCCGCCGUACAUCCCACACUCCUAGAAGCCAUGACCAAGAACUUGCCCCUGCAGUAUCGCAAUGUGUUCGCCGGGGUUUUGCCCGGCAAGGUGACGACGAGUCCGGCGGCCUCCAGCAGUCCCACGGGAUCCGACUUUCCCUUCCGGCAUCCGCUGAAGAAGUGCGAGCUCACCUGGCCACCGCCCACUGAGCAGCUGCAACUGGAGCUGCCCCUGCCGCAUCCGAAUGCCAAGUUGUCGCCGGUACUGCCGCAUCCGCAGCUGCAGGACUAUCAGACGCGGCGAAAGAACAAGGCCAGAACGGCUGCCACGGCGGGUGGCAAUGCCACGCCCAAUCUGCCGCAGCGCAACAAGGAUCGUUACACCUGCAAGUUUUGCGGCAAGGUCUUUCCAAGAUCGGCGAAUCUGACGCGGCAUCUGAGAACCCACACGGGCGAGCAGCCUUACAAGUGCAAGUACUGCGAACGUUCCUUCAGCAUUUCCUCGAACUUGCAGCGCCACGUGCGGAAUAUCCACAACAAGGAGCGGCCCUUCAAGUGCGAGAUAUGCGAGCGAUGCUUUGGCCAACAGACGAAUCUGGACAGGCACCUCAAGAAGCACGAGUCCGAUGCCGUGUCCUUGAGCGCCCUUUCCGGGGUGAGCGAAAGGAUGCACUGCAUACGGCGGUUCUGCGAGAACCCCACCGAAGAGUCCUACUUCGAGGAGAUACGCAGCUUCAUGGGCAAGGUCACACAGCAGCAGCAGCAACAGCAGCAACAGCAGCAACAUGAUCAGCUGCAGCAGCAGCAGCAACAGCACCAGUCAACAGCAACAUCGGCGGCCAGUUCGUGUUCCUCGUCGCGUGACACGCCCACUUCCUCGCAGGAGGAGGCGGCGGCGGCGGACAACACGGCCGCACCCACUUCCUCCAGUAGAGACCAAGAGGAGCAGGAGGAGGAGGACUCGCAGCCCAUUCUGGAGCUCAAGAAGACCCUGACCUCCAAACUCUUUCCCACGGCGGCAACGGCAAUCACGCCGCCAACAACAUCCAUCAAGGAAGAGGAACCCUAACUACAGAUAAAGAGCAAUUUCUACAAGCAAAUUUCCUAUAGCAGAGCAGCCAGCAGGAGAUCCCUAAAACUAUGUCUAAUAUCUAGCUGUAAAUAAGUAUGCCUAAAACCCUAAAUGUUCUACAAACGUGUAAAUCGAAUUGUACAAAUCGAGAAUUGGCAGAUCCAUAAAUAUAUGUAAAAAUACGAACGUAUGUGCAUAACUAUUAUUAGAUUCGUCUUAAGCAUUGGUAUUCUUUUGUACAUAUACACACACGAGCGUGACACGACGAGAAAUGUAUGAAAAAUAAUGACAAACAAAACAAC